AUGGCCCUCGGUGAUGGAAGGACCGCACUUUUUUGGGAGGAUCGCUGGCUUGGCGGUCAGGGCGUCCGCGAGCUCGCGCCCAUGCUCUUUCAGUGCAUCCCCAAGCAGCGCCGGAAGACGAGAACGGUGGCGGAGGCCAUGACCAACAAUCGCUGGGCACGUGACAUCCAAGGUCUGUUCGGCCUUCCUGAGAUCGGUCAGUACCUGAAGCUUUGGCACUUGGUGCAGUAUGUCGAGCUGUCCAACGAGCCGGACAAGCUGCUUUGGAGCUGGACCACCAAUGGCACAUACACGGCCCAGUCAUGCUACCGGGCAACAUUCCAGGGAGCGAUGGACUGCCACUCCUGGAAGCUCAUUUGGAGGACCUGGGCACCACCUAGAGUGAAGUUUUUCAUUGGCUGGCUUGCCAAGAUCGCUGCUGGACCGUCGAGCGGCUCGUGCGCCGCGGCCUGCAGCACCACCCGCGAUAAUCUGAUGAUGUAUGUGAAUGUGUUCAACUAUGGCUAA